AUGAGGAAUUACAGAACAUUAAUCCUUGUGGUACUAAGUCUGGUCAUAUUUCUCAAUGGUCAAGCCGGUGCUGAGAGCAAGGUUCAUAUAGUGUAUUUGGGUGAGAAGCAGCAUAAUGAUCCCAAGUUUGUCACGCAAUCUCAUCAUCAGAUGUUGUGGUCACUUCUUGGAAGUAAAGAAGACGCCCAUAGUUCAAUGGUGCAUAGUUACAUACAUGGCUUCUCAAGUUUUGCGGCCAAGCUUACCAAUUCUCAAGCCAAGAAGAUUGCUGAUUUACCUGAAGUUGUUCAUGUCACGCCAGAUAGUUUCUACGAACUGGCAACAACUCGGACUUGGGAGUACUUAGGCCUUUCCCCGGCUAAUCCGAAUUUUUUUCUAAAUGACACUAAUAUGGGAGUUUGGCCAGAAUCUGAAGUCUUUAUUGACAAUGGGAUUGGACCGGUUCCAAGCCACUGGAAAGGAGGCUGUGAAUCAGGAGAGAUGUUCAACGUCUCUCACUGUAACAAAAAGCUCAUAGGAGCCAAAGACCGUAGCGGCCAUGGCACACACGUUUCCAUCAUAGCUGGUGGUUCGUACGUGCCCAACAUAAGCUACAAGGGGUUAGCUGGAGGGACUGUGAGACGUGGGGCACCGCGUGCUCGUAUAGAAAUGUACAAGGCUUGUUGGUAUCUUGAUAACCGAGACACAAUGACUUGUUCAUCUUCUGACCUCUUGAAAGCUAUGGAUGAAGCUAUGCAUGAUGAAACCGCUGUUCGCGAUGGGAUAGCUAUUGGUGGAUUCUACGCAGUCUUAAAGGGUAUUACAGUUGUUUGUUCAGGUGGUAACUCUGGCCCUGCAGUUCAGACUGUGACAAACACUGCUCCUUGGAUUUUGACAGUGGCUGCAACUACUUUGGACCGGUCCUUUCCCUCACUUAUUACACUUGGGAACAAUCAAGUGAUAUUGGUAAUUGUUAUACUCGGAUUAGAUGUUUGA